AUGACUUUGAUCUCCAAAUUCAGUAGCACUUUGGCUACCACGCUCGCUUUAAUGUCGACCGUUCACGGUCUUGACAUCAAUGAGAACACCGUCUACCGUGAUCUCACCAACCUUGACAUCAACAACCUUAACAUCGCCCCAGACACCUUCUUCACCCUCAUCAACGUUGCUCAGGUGAAGACCACCGGUUUCUUCAGAAACCAGGGUGAGUUCUACGUUACCAGCGCUCAGAACAGAGCCAUCAACUACGAACACGGUGGUAAUGACUUCCGUAACGACGGUGACGUCUCUUUCGACUCCAGAGAGGGUAACGCUGUUGGUAAGCUUAAGGUCAACGUCCAGAACUUCGAGAACAACGGUAACUUGUGGUUGGGUACUUCUGACUCCAGAUUCUUCCCACAGAUCGGCCUUCAGGCUUCUAAGAGCUGGGAGAACAACGGUAAGAUCCACGUUGCCCAGGCUCGUGGUUCCCCAGGUUCCGUUUCCUUCGUUGAGACCAGUAUCUUUGGCCUUGACGUUGUCAACAACGGUGCCAUCUGUCUUGACAACCUUGUCUGGCACCAGAUCUCUAGUGUCCAGGGUCCAGGUUGUGUUAACGUCGGUGACAACUCUGUCUUCGAUGUUUCCAAGCUUUUGUCUGUUGACGACCAGCAGACCGUUGCCUUGACUGGUCAGGAUGCUUCCAUCAACAUUCUCGGUUUGACCCAGUCCAUCACUGGUACCAGAAGCUACAACGUUGCUGGUUUCGGUGGUGACAAGACCAUCCACGUCGACAUUGGUUUCACUGGCCACUCUUACAACGGCCAGACCUUGACCCUUACCUUCUUGCUCGGUAUUGUCUUCAAGCUCGACUUCAACAUUGGUCCAGGUUACGAUGCCAGCCGUUUCCAGACCAACGGUCUCUUCGGCGGUGGUUGGUCCAUCUCCUACAACGGUGAAGCUCCAAACCCAAUUCCAGAGAAGUGUGCCUGUGAGCCUUUCCCAACCCCAAAGACCCAGGCUGAUGUCACUUCUUCCAUCGCUGCCCUGGCUACUUCUGAGGCUUCUUCCAUCGUUGCCUCUCUUUCUUCUGAGGUUGAGUCUCAGCAGUCUGAGCUCUCUGCCAGUGAGGCUUCUGUCAGCUCUGCUGUCUCUUCCCUUGCUACCGAGUCUGAUGUUGGUACUUUGACUGAGACCACCACUGUUGGCUCUGGUUCUGACGCUGCUUCUGCUUCCCAGGGUGCUUCUGCCUCUGGUGACGCUUCUGCUUCCGCUACUGAGGAUGCUUCUGCUUCUGCUACUGCUUCUGACGAUGCUUCCGCUUCUGCUUCCGCUUCUGCUUCUGCUUCCGCUUCUGACGACGCUUCCGCUUCCGCUCCAGCUUCCUCUGGCUCUUCUGAGGCUUCUGGUUCCGCUUCUGCCUCCGGCUCUGCCUCUGGCUCUGCUUCUGCUUCUGCUUCUGGCUCUGAGGGUGCUUCUUCUGCUGUUGGCACCACCUACGAGACCGAAGUUCCUACCACCUUGUCUGAUGGUUCCGUCUCUACUGCUACUGGCGAUGUCAUUGUGUCUAUUGGCCCAGACGGUAAGCCAACCACCACUACCCUGUUCGCCCUGGGUGCUCCUGCUGUGACUCCAGAGCCAACCACCUACACUACUGGUGUUGCUACUACUCUUCCAGGUGGAGAGGUUGUCACUGCCCCAGCUGAGGUGAUUGUUUCUUACGGCCCAGACGGUAAGCCAACCACUUCCACCAAGGCCGGUAACGUUGCUGUUGAGACCGAGGGUCACACUCUUACUGAAUGGGUUUCUGAAUGUCCUGUCUGCCCAGGUGGAAAGACCACCGAGUCUGGAUGGGUCUACACCAAGACUGAGCAGGGUACCGUUACUCUUACCACCGAGGUCUGCCCACCAGGUGCCACUUACACUGAGCCAACUGGUGCUGGUCCUCACCCAGGUAAGCCAACCGGUGACAAGCCUCACGGUCCUCAGGACACUGCUGACAAGCCACACCCACCAAAGGAGACCGGUGACAAGCCACAACCACCAAAGGAGACUGCUGACAAGCCUCACGGUCCUAAGGAGACUGGUUCUACCUGGACCAAGGUUCACGAGGGUACCACCGAGACUGGUGUUGUCCACGAGUCCACUGUCGAGGGUACCAAGACUGUCUACAUCUCUACUUUCCCACCAAAGGAGACUGGUCCAGGUGCCGAGGACAAGCCAACCACUGUUGCUGGUCCAUCUGAGCCAGCCCCAGGUAAGCCAGCUCCAUCUGAGGGUGCUCCAGCUCCUUCUGAGGGUGCUCCAGGUAAGCCAGCUCCUUCUGAGGGUGCUCCAACCACUGUUGCUGGUCCAUCUGCUGGCCCAUCUGAGCCAGCUCCAGCUCCAGGUGUCUCCACUUACGAGGGUGGUGCUGCUGGCCAGGUUAUCAACUACUCUUGGUUGAUCUCCUUGGUUGCUUUCGCUUUCAUGUAA